AUGAAGAGCCCAAGCAAUGUGAAAGAGGUGCAGCGGCUAACCGGGCGAAUCGCAGCUUUGUCUCGAUUUCUGCCUCAUUCGGGUGAUAAGUCAGCUCCGUUUUUCAAAUGCCUUAAGAAGAACGCAGCAUUCGAGUGGAGUCCAGAAUGUGAAGAAGCUUUUACUCGCCUCAAGGAAAUGUUGUCAGCACCACCUGUCCUUUCGAAACCCGUCCAAGGUCUUCCCCUACAUUUGUACUUCUCCGUAGGAGAUCACGCGAUCAGCUCGGUAAUCCAGGAGGUAGACGGGGAACAGAAAAUAGUUUACUUUGUGAGCCACACGUUUCAAGGGGCCGAAAUGAGGUAUCAAAAGAUAGAAAAGGCGGCGCUCGCCGUCCUAGUCACCGCCAGACGUUUGCGACCCUACUUUCAAAGUUUUCAGGUAAAGGUGAGAACUGACCUUCCUUUGAGACAGGUAUUGCAGAAACCAGAUUUAUCAGGAAGGCUCGUCGCAUGGUCAGUGGAGCUGUCAGAGUAUGGAUUGCAAUAUGAUAAAAGGGGGAGAGUUGGGGCGCAGACCUGGGCAGAUUUUGUGGUGGAAUUGACACCCGAGGAAGGAGAAAGAGUAAACACACAAUGGAUGUUGUUCGUCGAUGGUUCGUUGAACGACAACGGAAGUGGAGUUGGAGUCACACUGCAGGGGCCGGGAGAACUGGUGUUGGAGCAAUCUCUGAGAUUCCAGUUCAAGGCCAGUAACAACCAAGCGGAAUAUGAAGCUCUAAUUGCAGGACUAAAGCUGGCGAUCGAGGUGCAAAUUGACAGUUUGUUGGUAAGGACGGACUUGUUGUUAGUGGCAAAUCAGGUUAAUGGGGAGUUCCAGGUCAAAGAACCGGCUUUGAUAAAGUAUCUAGAGCGCGUACGACCGCUUAUGAGUCGAAUAAAGGAGAUUGUGGUCGAGUACGUGCCGAGGACACAGAAUCAAAGGGCUGAUGCCCUAGCUAAGUUGGCUAGCACCAGAAAACCCGGGAAUAACCGAAGCGUGAUUCAGGAAACACUCACCAACCCCAGCAUAGAGGGAGAACUACUGGCCUCAGUAGAUCGCCAGGCAACUUGGAUGAACCCCAUCAAUGAUAUCUUAGCGGGUGAGCCAGGCGAUGUGAUAAAAUACUCAAAGGCUCAAAGGAGAGAAGCAGGGAAUUACACGUUGCUCGAUGGCAUCCUUUUCCGGCGAGGAUUCACUUCGCCCCUCUUAAGGUGCCUACCGCCAGAAAAGUAUGAGAAUGUCAUGACGGAGGUUCACGAGGGGGUUCGCGCGAGCCACAUCGGGGGAAGAUCUCUGGCAGGUAAAGUCCUCAGGGCAGGUUUUUAUUGGCCCACGAUAAAAAAGGAUUGUGCAUAA